AUGAAUAAUGAAACCACCGUGCCUUACUUUCUGCUCCUGGGAUUCUCAAAAGAUUGGCACCUGCAGCUACUACAUUUCUUCUUAUUCUUCAUAUUAUACCUGGCAACUGCAACAGCAAAUCUUCUCAUCAUCACUGCAGUAGCUUUUCACCAUCACCUACACAGCCCCCUGUACUUCUUUCUAAUCAAUUUGGCGGUGCAGGACCUGGGCAUUGUUUCAGUCAUUGUCCCCAAAUCCAUGAUUAAUUCUCUCAUGGACACCAGACGCAUCUCUUACUUUGGUUGUGUUGCUCAAGUCUUUCUCUUUGCCUGCUUUGAAGCUUCUGAUUUCUCCCUCCUGACUGUCAUGGCCUAUGAUCGGUAUGUUGCCAUUUGCAAUCCACUGCACUAUGAGAUGGUGUUGAAUUGGAAAGCCUGCACCAAAAUAAUGAUUCUGGUGUGGGUCACAAGUCUUGUGUAUGGAUUUUUUCAUACCACUGCUACCUUUUCCAUCCCUUUCUGUUGCAAUGUUAUCAACCAAUUUUUCUGUGAAAUUCCACAAUUGCUAAAGUUAUCAUGCUCUGGAUUCAAUCUAGUUGAAGUUGGAUUUCUUGUGGCCAGUAUCACUGCAGGAUUAGGUUGCUUUAUUUUUAUCAUCAUCUCUUACACUGUGAUCUUCAAGGCAGUUUUCAGAAUCCCUUCUGUGAAAGGAAGGCAGAAGACUUUUUCUACUUGUUUUCCCCACCUUAUUGUAUUUUCAAUGUUUUUUGUAACAGCAUGCUUGGCCUACCUGAGACCUCUCUCUAGCACCCCAACAUACUUAGAUUUCACAAUAACUGCCCUAUAUUCUUUGCUUCCACCCCUGUUCAAUCCAAUCAUCUAUAGUAUAAGAAAUAAGAAUAUCAUAUCUGCCCUGUCGAAAUUAUGGAGAUUCUGA